AUGGGAAAAGAAGACGCCCGAGUCGAUAGUCGUAAACGGUUAAGGGAAAGCGGCUCACAGACUGACGGGGAAGAUGCGUUCGACGAAGCCGAUGGCCAUUGUCGUGGGGCUUUUGCCAAACUAGAUGAAGUCAGUGAAAAGCUCGACAAAGUGCUAACAAGACUCGGCGAGUUAGAGGCUAUGCAUGAUAGAGUGGCAGAAUUGAAAACAGAAAAUAAAAGUUUACAAGAAAGCCUGAACACCGCUCCAGCCCACAUCGACGACCUAAAUUCGUCUUCAACCGCCACGUGUGCAACACUGGAAACCCACGCAAAGAAUCUGGAAGAUCUCAGUGCUAAAAUAAAACAUCUUGAGUGCCGCAACAUCAAGUUAGAAGCAUACACAAGACGUGAAAAUCUAAAAGUGUUUAAUAUUCCAGAAGGAAGAGGUGAGUCAACUUCUGCUGAAGAUCAAUUGAAAAAAGUGAUGCGUGAUAAACUUAAGAUCCCAGAGGAAGAUAUCAAACAGAUCCGUUUCGAACGCGUUCACCGCAUCCCUACUAAGAAAAAUACCAGUCAAGGACAGAACUUCAAACCUAGGCCUAUUAUAGCUAAAUUUAGCUUCUUUCAAGACAAGGAGUAUGUUUGGUCUUUUGUUAAAAACUUGAAAAACACUAACAUUUCAAUCGCGAAUGAUUUCCCCCGGGAAAUUGAUGAGAUACAGAAAUCCCAUCUUGAAAAAGGCCAAACAGAGAAAGCAAACAGCCUAUUUCAAAGUUGA